AUGGUCCCACUCCUGGGCGCGCUGCUCCUGGUGCUGGCACUCCUCUCCUUCUGGAGACUGGCAAAGGGGAAAGCAGAGCCCAGGCCCAAGUACCCUAGGAGCCUGCCCUCCCUGCCCAUCAUCGGGAGCCUGCUGCAUCUGUCCGGUAACCCCCAGCUCCACCUCCUCUUCCACAGCCUGCAGAAGAAAUACGGCAGCCUCUACUCCCUGAAGAUGGGCUCCCACUACAUGGUGGUGGUGAACCACUAUCUGCAUGCCAAGGAGGUGCUGCUGAAGAAGGGAAAGACCUUUGCCGGCCGGCCCCACACCGUGACCACGGACAUGCUGACCAGAGACGGCAAAGACGUCGCCUUCGCCAGCUACAGCCCGCUCUGGAAAUUCCAGCGCAAGCAGGUGCAUGUGGCACUCUCCCAGUUAGAAAAAGGGACGCUGGGCCUAGAGAAAAUCAUCUGCCGGGAAGCUGCCUCCAUGUGUGAGACUCUCAGCACUUUGCAGGACACCCUCCUGGACAUGGCCCCGGAGCUCAACCGAGCCAUCACCAAUGUGGUGUGCUCUCUGUGCUUCAGCUCCUGCUACAGGCGAGGGGACCCCACGUUCGAGGCCAUGCUGCAGUAUAAUCAAGGUAUCGUGGACACGGUGGCCCGAGCGAGCCUCGUGGACAUCUUCCCCUGGCUGCAGGUUUUUCCCAACAAGGACCUGGCAUUGCUGAAGAGGUGCGUGGAGAUCCGAGACCAGCUGCUGCAGAAGCAGUUCAAGGAACACAAAGAAGCGCUGGGCAGCGACUCGGCCAGCGACCUGAUGGAUGUGCUGCUGCGCACCCAGCUCAACAUGGACAACAACAACAGUCGGCUGGCCCAACCGCUGGAGCUGACGGACGACCAUCUCCUCAUGACCGUGGGCGACAUCUUUGGGGCGGGCGUCGAGACCACCAGCACCGUGCUCAAGUGGGCUGUGCUCUACCUGCUCCACUACCCGGAGGUGCAGAAGACGAUCCAGGAGGAACUGGAUCAGAAGAUCGGCUUCGAGAGACACCCCCGGCUCAGCGACAGGCAGCAGCUACCCUACCUGGAGGCCACUAUCAGCGAGGUCCUGCGCAUCCGGCCUGUCUCCCCUCUGCUGAUCCCACAUGUGGCCCUUAUGGACACCAGCAUUGGGGAAUACACCAUCCCAAAGGGAGCCCAGGUCAUCAUCAACCUCUGGUCCCUUCACCACGACGAGAAGGAAUGGGACAAGCCAGCGGAGUUUAACCCAGGUCGCUUCCUGGACGAGCGGGGCAAUCGGCUCUACUCCCCCUCGCCCAGUUACCUGCCCUUCGGAGGCGGGAUCCGGGUGUGCCUGGGCGAAAGCCUGGCUAAGAUGGAGCUCUUCCUCUUCCUGGCCUGGAUCCUGCAGCAGUUCACCCUGGAGGCCCCCCCGGGCCAGCCGCUGCCGGCGCUGGAGGGCAAGUUCGGCGUGGUGCUCCAAGUGCAGCCGUUCAAGGUGAAGGCCAGGCUGCGGGCGGCCUGGCGGGAUGGCGUGUAG